GCGCCUGACCCCGACGCCGAGGAGCAGGCUAGUUAUCUUAGCAUAGCUUCAUUACUGAGCGAGUUAGCUCCUUAUAUUCUCAAAAAGCAAACAAACAAACAAACCGUGUACUUCGGUUUAACAGCAAGCGGUCUCCCAGAUGUCAUAUUCGACAAACCUUUAGCAUGUGAAUACAGCUUCUCGACGCUUCAGACAGUCUUUGCCGUCUCGGACCAUCUGGUGCUACAGACAUAAUGUCAAGCCGAAGGAAGUCUACCACCCCCUGCAUGGUGCUUCCAUCAGAUGUAGUGGAGCAGGAUGUGGAUAUGGAUGCCCUUGCAGGGGAAGAAGGAGCCGAAAGUGCUACUGAAGGGACUACAGAGGGUAUAGUGGUUCCAUUGGACAGUGAAGGAGAGCAUGAAGACAGUUUAAGCCAUACUGCCGGAAAACACCUAAAUCAAACUUCUCUAGAGCAGCCAGUGACUGAUCUGACUGCUGAAGGAAAUGUUCAGGCUGAGACAGAAGACGGCGAAGACCCUUCCAUUACCGGGAUUUCACUCAGCAAAACUCCUAUCAUGAAAAAGAAGCCUGAACCCAAAAGAAUAGCCGUGUCUCUUAAAGGGGCAGAAGAGGGUGAUUCAUUAAUUGAAAGCGAAGGGGAUCCAGAGUCAAUUGAAGCAACCUCCGUUACAGCUGAUAUGACAAACUCGAUUCUUGUUGAUUCCACAAAACCAGGCAUGUUUGUUGGCAUUCCCAAUCCAUCUCCUGCAGAGCAAAAGAAACCAGUUGUAAACCCUGCUACAGUCCUUCCUGCUGGCCUUGCUCAGGUACUGACAGCUUUGCAGGUCCAGCAGAGUGCUCAGGCUCAGCUCCUGAUUCCAGUGAGCAGCAUUCCAUCUUACAAUGCAGCCAUGGACACAAAUGCAUUGCUGGUGAACACUUACAAGAAGUUCCCUUACCCUUCUGUGUCUGAAAUUAUGGGCCUGGCAACCCAGACGAAGUUCUCAGAGGAGCAGAUCAAGAUCUGGUUCUCUGCUCAGCGUUUGAAGCAUGGUGUUAGCUGGACGCCAGAGGAAGUUGAAGAAGCUCGGAGGAAGCAGUUUAACGGCACGGUCCACACGGUGCCUCAGACCAUUACAGUUAUUCCGGCUCACCAUCUCUCUGCCACCAAUGGGCUUCAGUCGAUUCUUCAGACUUGCCAAAUCGUGGGUCAGCCAGGCCUGGUUUUGACACAGGUUGGCACUGCUAAUAGUUUGCCAGGCACCACACCUAUCACCCUGACUGUUGCAGGAAUGCCAAGUCAGAGCCAGGCAUCGAAGAUCACGGCUAGUCAGACCAGCUCUGCUGUUAGCGAAACGAAAAGAGCCACAACGAUCCAGCCACCAUCGCUGACUCCUCAGGAGAGCUCUGCCCUCAGCGCUGAUCACUUUGGCCUGCGCCCAAAGAAGUCGAAGGAGCAGCUGGCUGAACUGAAAGCCAGCUACAUGAAAAACCACUUUGCAAGUGAUGCCGAAAUUGCCAGGUUGAUGAAGCUGACCAAUCUCACCAAAGGCGAGAUCAAGAAGUGGUUCAGUGAUACCCGCUAUAAUCAACGCAAUUCCAAAAACAACCACUUCAGCAUCCCGCAUGAAAGUUCCCGGGCCAACAACAGCAGCGCCACUAUUGUCAUUGACUCCAGCGACGAGACUCCUCAAUCCCCAACACCAUCACCCGUCAAAGAGAAGGAGACCCGCAAGACCUGGAACCCUUUUCCAGACUUCACUCUGCAGAAGUUUAAAGAGAAGACUCCAGAACAGCUGGUGAUUCUAGAGGAGAGCUAUCAAAAAUGUGACACCCCAACGGAUGAAGAACUGAGUCGCCUUAGGGCCGAAACGAAGCUUACCAGGCGGGAGAUCGAUGCUUGGUUCACAGAGAAGAGGAAAACUCCUGUCGUAGAGCCAUCUGAUGACAAGACGGAUGAGACGGAUGGUAAGCCCUCUCAAAGUCCACCUGGAGGAAAAAGGUUGUCCAAGGACAAGAUUGUGAAGAAAACCCCGGAACAGCUUCAUGUCCUCAAGAGUGCCUUUGUGCGCACUCAGUGGCCAUCUGCUGAGGAAUAUGACCAGCUAGCUGAGGAAAGUGGGCUACCCCGACCUUACAUUGUCAACUGGUUUGGGGAUACCAGAUAUGCCUGGAAGAACGGCAAUCUUAAGUGGUACUUCUAUUACCAGAGUGGCAACGUAGAUAAUCUGAAUGGCAACAAGAGCAGGAAACGGAGAGUACGGAACCGUGGCUGGGGCAGGUCCCGCAACAAGAGAGCCAGAAAACCCACAGGUUUGGAGAAAUCCCCACCUAUGAAGUUCAAGACUGGGAAAGAGUUUCUUAAGGAAUAUUACCUGAAGCACAAGUUUUUGAACGAGCAAGACCUGGACGAGCUGGUAGCCAAGUCGAACAUGAGUUACGAACAGGUCAGGGAGUGGUUUGCUGAGGUUGGCAGGAAAGUGGAUACGGGUGCAGAUCCUUUUGAGGAUAACACUGGUAACGAGCAAGAAGAGGAGGAGUCAGAGGGGGAGAACGAGAUGGUGGUUGAAGAGCAAGGGCCCUCAGCCCCUGGUGACGACGACGAUGACGACGAGGAUACCGAUGAUAGUGAUUCCUGGGAACCUCCUCAAAGCAUAAGAAAAUCCUUGCCAGGUCCUGAGGAACACUGAUUCGUCAACUCAUUUGCCUUCGGAAAUAAUCCUGGUUUGUGGAAAAGACAGUGUCUGAGGAUCCGGUUACAGCUUAAUGACUAAUCCUACUUGCGCCGCUUUUACAUUUCUCACUUUCUUAUUCAAGCUUACAAGUUAGUGUUUUGGUUUUAUGAAAUUUGCAGACACAAAUUGAAAUUGUCGAUUUUAAGAUCUUUUUCCACAAACUCGAGAUAUCUUUCAGCUCUGUUCAUCUAUGAAGAGUAUUGCACACAAAAUGAAGAAUCCUGGCCCGGCUAAACUGUAGGUUUUAAAUGUGCAAUUUGAAAAUAAUUUAGAAAAAAAAAGUUGAAAAUGUUUCAUUUUAGGUUAUGGGCAGAAUUUUUUUUUCAAAGAAAAAGAAAAGGAAAAAAAAAAAAAGAUCCUCUGCCUCAAGGAGGAUCUAUGGUGCCAAAGUUAUUUUCGCUGAAUGUUUUACGGUUCCCUGUUUUGUGAAAGGAAAUAGUCAAUCAAAAAAAAUGAGUGUAUGUAUCGAGAGUGAGAGAAGGACAUGCACAAAAAAUAAUAAUAAAGAACUGGGCACUUUUUGUUGGUGUUUAAAAAACCCUGCCUUUUAAGCCAUCUAAUGGCAUCAAUUAUAAAAACUUGUCUUGUAUGAAACCUGUUGGAAGUUAUUCUACAGUAGUAGCAGACGAAUCGUAUUCAACUUCACUUAUUGAUCUACUGAGUGUAAUCUUGAAAGAAAGAAAAAAACAACGAAUACAGCACAACCAGUGAAGGUUGACUUUCCCAGGAGGUUCUUUUUUCGUUUGUUCUUGGAAGUCUGAGAUGAUUGGGAACGGCUGCAGAAGACUGUUAGUGGACUGUUAUCAGUGCCUGUACUAAGGAGUGGGACUGUUUUUUUUGGGGUUUUUUUUUAUGUUUUUUGGUUUUUUCUUUCUUUCUUUUCCCCCUUUUGCACCUUUUCAACCGGACACUUUUAAAGAAUUUUUCUUUUCAAAUUUGUGGUUUUCCGAUUUGUAACAAAUGCUCGUUUGUAUUUUCCACGUGGGCCUGAAGUGUAACCCCUAUGUUCUGUUCGACCUUUUUCACACAUUUUACAUGUCCUCUCUUGCCUCAACUUCAUUAGUGGGGGAAAAAAAUAUUUAUAUUUAAUAAAAUCUCUUCAGGGUU